AUGAUAGCCGCCUAUCUAUUUUUGCCAGAAUGCCAGGAACUGAUUGAGUUCGUCGAAAAUAAUUCCGUGAAUGAGGACUCAGUCAAGGCAUUGGCAAACUCCAUGCUUAGCUACUACUUCCCCCUCAUCAAUGGCUGGAUCAAUGCGCCGAAGCAAAACCGAAACAACAAGAGAAAGCACUUAUAG